AUGGCAGCCAGCUCCUUUACCUCUCUGCCAAACGAGGGAGACCAAGAAAGCCAAGGCUACCAAACGACCUACAAAAGAUGCAACGACAUAAUCCCAACACUUCCCAGAGAUACCGGCUGGUGGUUGAGCAAUCUCUGCCAGUACCAAGGGUUUUGGCUGUCAUCGAGCCAUGCCAUACUAGGGCUAAUGUUGGUCCAAGACCACUUCAUGUCUAAACCUACAGAUAUUAUCUUGGCAACAUCUCCCAAAUGUGGUACUACAUGGCUUAGAGCCCUUAUCUUUGCCACCAUAAACCGAACAUCCUAUGAUUUUGCAACACACCCUUUGCUCACCAAUAAUCCCCAAGCUUUGGUUCCCUUCUUAGAGGGCCACAUCCGAGUUAAUGAUUCCACUUCUUUCCUUGAGUCUCUUCCGUCGCCUCGCUUUCUCUCUACUCACAUCCCUUACUCUUUGUUUCCGGAUUCAAUGAAGACAUCCGGUCCCAAGUUUGUCUAUGUUUGCCGCAACCCGAAAGAUGUUCUUGUUUCUAAAUGGAAGUUUGCGGAGAAGAUGAGGCCUAAAGAAAUGCCACCUCUUUCACUGCAAGAUGCAUUCGAAUUGUUUUGCAAUGGAGUCUCACACUAUGGACCCUUCUGGGAUCACGUUCUCAGUUAUUGGAAAGCCAGCUUAGAAACCCCGGAAACGGUAUUGUUUCUGAUAUAUGAGGACAUGAAAAGAGAGCCUUUGGUUCAAGUAAAGAGAUUGGCUGAGUUUUUAGGCAAGCCCUUUUCACCUGAGGAAGAGAGGGAAGGUGUGGUACAAGAAAUUGUAAGACUCUGUAGUUUCAAAAAUUUGAGCACUUUGGAAGUGAACAAAAGUAUUAUCUCCACUGAAUACUUCGUCCAAAACCCUUAUUUUUUCAGAAAAGGUGAAGUUGGAGACUGGGAGAAUCAUCUUACCCCUGAGAUGGUUGCUCGUCUUGAUCAGAUUACAAAAGAGAAGCUAGAAGGCAUUUUAUGUGACAAGUGGAAGGUGCGGAUUGAUUUAAGUCGUGAAGAGAAUGACGGGGAACAAUCUACUGAUCAAUUACCAACCCCACGAUCAGAAUAA